AUGGCAGUGGACUUUGACUUGAUACUUUUCAUCAAGGAUACACAGCUGCAGCACGGCCUCCGCGCCGAGGACUACGCCCGUUAUCACCACUACAUCACUAACCGCCUCGCCACCUUGCGGCAGCAGCUGAGCUUCUCCAACGACAAGAAGAAGUUUUUGCACAAGGAGGUCACUCCGCAGAACGCGACGGAUGUUCGCCAUCUGAUGCUGCUCGCCUUGUACGCCGAGCGUUGCUGGGCAGAGGCGGAGUCGAUGCAGAUGCAGCUGCAGGCGAAGAAGGAGUCGCGCAGAGGCGACGCCAACAUACCAAAGGGCGGUGUACCACCACAAGAUCAAUAUCGCAAGCGCCUGAACAAGUCAGUAAAAUGGGCCGCGAAGUUGCAUGAGGUGGCCAACCAGGUCGCCUCAGACCGGGUCAAGAAGGAGUGCACAGCGUACUUGAAGGACACCACCGGCCGCUGCCACGCCUCACACGGUAAGUUCAAGGAGGCGAAGGAGGCAUUCUUGGAAGCCCGUGAAACUUACGCUACGCUGCGGUGCAUGAGCAGCGAGGAGCAGUGGGUUGUGAUCGCGUGCAAGAUGAAUGAGCUCGAUGAUCGCGUGACGUACUGCAUGCAGCGCCUCGAGGAAGACCCCACCACCUAUCGACCCGCGCCGAUUUUCGUCACUCCCAGUUCCGAUGGUGGGGCCGCAGACAGCGUGGUGGCGAUGAGCGGUGUUUCGCAGGUGUCCUGGAACGAACGCACGCUAAAUGUCUACAGUAUCAGGGUCAAGGAUGCGCUUCGCGAGGCCCAGGCGGUGGAGGUAGAGUCGGCCGUGGCGAAGGUGCAGGAGACGCGUGGGGUGGUGCCGGUGGGUCAGUCGAACCGUGUCCUUGAUUUAAUGGACCGCCGCAUCAACUACUACAACGAUGCGCUCGCGCACGCUCGCCAGGACCUGCGCGCGGCGCCGGAGGGCGCCAGCAAGACGGAGUACCAGCUUAUCGUGCACUACAUUCUCUUUCACGUGGCGCAGGAGUCCCUGCGGCGUACCUUCUUCCUGGCUGAUCUUUACAGCCGCCGUUUUGAGGCAACAGAGCGGACGCUGAAGAGCACCGGUGCCACGUGGGAUUCGCAGUCGUCCUCAUUUCCUCGCAAGCACAAGCAGCAGCGCCACCGAAAGAAGGCGGAGGUAGCACCGAUGCAGUACGCAUCGCCGUUGGAAGUUGUGCGCCUCUUCCAGGCUGCGGCUGGGAGCGUGGACGAGAUGGAGCUGCUGCCCGGCGUUGCAGGGCGAGACGACGUCGAGGCGCUACAUGCCGUCUGCGCUGCCGGCCAGCUCUUCUUCACCGGUGAGAGCUGGAGGGUGUCGGCUGCGUGGCCGUUGGCGAUGAAGUACUACUGCGACGCCUUGGCAUUCCUGCGGGAGGCCAAGGGCCCGUAUGUAGCAUCGCUGCAUGAGCACAUUGAGCAGCGCUUGAUGCAGGGAGCCGCUGAGGUGGUGCUCACUGCAUCGUCCAUGGGUGUGAACGUCAAUGCAAAAGGCUCGUCUCCGUUGGUGACUUAUCUGAUCGACGCAGACGAGAGGACGACCCAGGUGGCGCAGGGAGUCGUGCGUUUUCCGCCCGACUACCAUGCCGUGCCGUGCAAGCCUGUGUUUGUCGACAUCGCGUCAACCUUCGUGGACUACCCGCUAAGCGGCGACGAUGAGGCGGGGAUGAAUGACUGUGCGGGCGCUAAGGCCGAAAGCACGCCCGCAAUGCCGAGGAACACCAAUGCAGCAACGCCACCACCAAAGAAGAAGGGUUGGAUGUUUGGCUGGGUAAGUUAA